AUGACUGAAGAUUCUCCAGGCUCUGUUCCGCGGCGCCACCGUCGCGGUCUUACCCGCAGCGCGGCCGCCUGCCAGCGAUGCCGCAGGCGGAAGCAAAAAGCUACCGACAUGCGGUCCGUGUGCUGCUGCCGGAACGUCCUGUGUGAUGCGCAAUGUGAAUGUGACGACCUGCGAGCGCGCCUGGCGACCGCGGAACGACGGUGCAGUGACCUUCUGCAAGAGAACCAGCGGCUCCAGGUGCAAAUCAUGGAAGCUUUCCAGUCCCCUGGACCGGUCGCUCUUGAGCCCCGGACGCCGAUGCUGUCUGUGGCGAAGGAGGCAGGGCACAGCACCACCAGUUUAGGGCCGCAGCCACAGCACACUCCCUCAGACGGCACGAUGAACUUGGCCCUUCAGCACUGCGAGCGCAUUCUGCGUCCGACUUUUGCCAAUCGACCUGGUAUGCAGAAGAUGAAUCGCAGCACGCUGAGUGGCGCCUGGGAAUUGUGGGGUGACGAUACGAGUGUCGAAGUGCCCCUGAGCAGCGCGGUCGAGAUCAGUCACGAGACGUAUGUCAGUCUCGCUGAGACCUUCUUUGAUCGGCGGUGGCCGUACCUGCCUGUCCUCCAUCGGCCGACAUUCUGGGAGCAGCACCUCAAUCCGUUCUUGGCACACCCCGAGGCUAGUUCGAUUUCGAAGUUUUUCGUCAAGAUUGUGUGUGCAAUCGCCGCCACGGAGCGGACUUGUCAAUUGAGUAACGAUGAUAUGCAUCGAAAGCUCUUCAAGGAUGCUGUCAAGGACUUGGAGCUGACUACGAAGGCUGGCAAUCUUGAGUAUAUCCAGUGCCUGCUGCUGCUCUCAAUGUAUGGGCACAAUGAGCCGCAGUCGGUCAAUAUGUGGUAUACCACGGGAAUGGCGCUGCAUUUGGCGAUUGGGAUGGAUCUACAUCGCAAGGAGAGUCUGAUGGGACAGGACGUGCUGCAAGCGGAGAUGAUGAAGCGGAUCUUCUGGUGCGCCUACGUGAUGCAAUGCAGUAUGGCCAUCAACAUGGGUCGGCCCUUGAUGAUCGAAGACUCUGAUAUCACGAUUGCUUUGCCACUCCAACGAACAGACCAACAACUGAGUGAUCAGAUGGCUGGGAUCGACGAGCUCACAAUUACGAGCGUGACUGACAUGUCCACUUUCAAUCAUAUCAUCGCACUUCGCCAGAUCAACGCCGGGGUCUACAAGCAAUUCCACCCCAGAGGCAGCGUGGGGGGAAGCCGAUUGGAUCUGGAUCAACUACGAACUCGGUACAACUUUGAGCUAAACCAGUGGCUAAUCACUGCUCCCCGAUAUGUCCACAGCCUGUCAACCUUCCAGUCGACCGAAUGGUUCCAGAUCGCUUUUCAUCACGCGAUGCUCUCCCUCUAUCGUCCUUCCCGGGAAAUUCCAAUUCCUCUUCCUGACGACCUACGCAUCUGUCUCGAGUCUGCGAUCGGACUCAUUAGUUCGUACAGCGCGCUGUAUGCGCGGAACCGCAUCAAGUACACCUUUAUCGCGAUCCAUUCGCUUCUGAUGGCCGCGGUGACUAUGCUGUACUCGCUGCGAGCUUCUGCGUCGUUGCGGCAGGAGCUGACCAAGCCAGUCGUGCAGACCAAUAUCCAGACUUUUCUCACUCUCUUUCGUGGGAUAUGCAAUGGUCGCGAGGUGGGCGAGAAGUGUUCCCAGAUCGUCGAGCGGCUGGGGAACUCCAUCUUGACGCUCUAUGACGAUACCGGUCGCACGGACGCAGAAGUCGAUACGGAGUUCCAGUCGUGGUUUGGACUCCAAACGCAUACGCCUGCUCAAACGGAUGAGGCGCAGUCGCACACUAUAUCGCCGCAUUUCCCCGACGUUCGGGUGGAUCUGCCGUGGGCGGACCUGUUCACGGAAGGUAUCAACAUGGCUUCCACGGAUGUGUGGAGCAUCUUUUCUUAG